AAGGAAGUGACGUAAGCGGAAGUGCAAGCAUAAUCAGAGAAGCUCCAUAAAUAACGAAUCUAACCCCUUGUCUGGGACUAGCGAGACGAGAAGGCGGCAAAGAUGUCGGAGCGCAAAGUUUUAAACAAAUACUACCCUCCAGACUUCGACCCGUCAAAGAUCCCCAAACUCAAGCUCCCCAAGGACCGGCAGUACGUAGUGCGGUUGAUGGCCCCGUUCAACAUGAGGUGUAAGACGUGCGGAGAGUACAUCUACAAGGGCAAGAAGUUCAAUGCUCGCAAGGAGACGGUGCAGAACGAGGUCUACCUGGGCCUGCCCAUCUUCAGGUUCUACAUCAAGUGCACGCGCUGCCUGGCCGAGAUCACUUUCAAGACAGACCCUGAAAACACCGACUACACCAUGGAGCACGGGGCCACGCGGAACUUCCAGGCGGAGAAACUCCUGGAGGAGGAGGAGAAGCGGGUGCAGAAGGAGAGGGAGGACGAGGAGCUGAACAACCCCAUGAAGGUGCUGGAGAACCGCACCAAGGACUCCAAGCUGGAGAUGGAGGUGCUGGAGAACCUGCAGGAGCUGAAGGACCUCAACCAGCGCCAGGCGCACGUGGACUUCGAGGCCAUGCUGCGGCAGCACCGCCUGUCGGAGGAGGAGCGCCGCCGGCGGCAGCAGGAGGAGGACGAGCAGGAGACCGCGGCCUUGCUGGAGGAAGCGCGGAGGCGACGGCUGCUGGAGGACUCAGACUCUGAGGAAGAGGCCGCGCCUGCCCCGCCCCGGCCCGCGCUGCGGCCCCAGCCCACCGCCAUCCUGCACGAGGCCCCGAAGGCCAAGAGGAAGGCAGAGAGCACGGGCAGGGCCCAGCUAUCGGGCCUGGUCGUGGUGAAGAAGACGAAGACGGCCGCAGCGGGGAGCACGGGGCAGGGCCCCAGCCCAGGUGCCCCGGAGAGCAAGAAGACCGCAGACCCUGCACCCCGCACGCCUGGCACCUCCUCCCUGAGCCAGCUGGGCAUGUAUGGGGACAGUGGGGACAGCGACGGCAGCAACUGAGAGCCCCACCCAGGCCCAGGGCAUCUCAGGUCUCGGUGCGGCCGUCCGAGGCGGGAGCUGCUCAUGGUCUGGGCAGGAGGCUGCACACGACCUGGGCCACGGGCAGCAGCAGCAGCGUCACCCAGGCCGAGGGCCAGCCAGGCUGCGGGGGACUCGGUUUCUCUGCCACCUGCAGCGGCCCUGCGGCACCUCAGGUUCCUUCCCACCUGCAGGGUCCAGGGUUGAGCUCCUGCAAGCCCAGCGCUCGUGGCCUCCCGGCCUCUUCCCGGGCAGGUCUGAGGGCAGCCGUGUUCUGGGAUGGGGGCGUCCUUCCCUACUUGGCUCCCUCCCUCGCCCCCUAGAACUGUCUAGAACCAAUAAAAGGGCCUUGCCGCACUGGCCAGGCACCUUCUCUCUGCCA